AUGUGGGGGUGGUUCAUUAGAAUCUUGCCUACUCGCGGGCGGGGUCCCGGGUCUCCUACUCCCCCUGUUCCGAAGAUUUGCGCGUGUCGGAUUAUUAUGGCUUUAGCAAGGGACGACGGACGAUCACGGAGGUUUUCGCCGGUGGAGGCUACCCUGAUAGGAUUACAUACAGGGGGUUGGUUGGAGUUGCCCAGGGGCAGAGGGGGAGGAUCAUCUUAUCUCCUGUCUCAAUGGGGGCCAUAA